ACCACAAAGAGAGGUCCUACACCAUUGCUUUCUUCUGAUCCCUUUAACUCCAAGCAACAUCAGAACUACCAGAAUGGAAUACUACAAGUUUGCCCUGCUCGUGGUCUUCUUGUCCUAUAUUGAGCGCUGCUGGUCUUCUUCCUGUGUGGUGGACAGCUUCACAGUCAAGCAGGACUUUGAUCCAAAAAAGUACGCAGGAAAAUGGUACGCCCAGCAGAAGAAAGACCCAGAGGGACUCUUCCUCCAGGAUAACAUUUCUGCAGAAUACACUAUUGAUGAGGAUGGCACCAUGACUGCUUCCUCCAAGGGACGUGUCACUCUGUUUGGAUUCUGGGUUGUGUGCGCUGAUAUGGCUGCCCAGUAUACUGUGCCUGACCCCACCACCCCUGGAAAGAUGUUCAUGACCUACCAGGGCCUGGCCAGCUACCUGUCCAGUGGAGGUGACAACUACUGGGUCAUUGAUACCGACUAUGACAACUAUGCCAUCACCUAUGCAUGCCGCACCCUAAAAGACGAUGGCACCUGUGAUGACGGAUACGCCCUGGUUUUCUCUCGUAACCCCCGUGGCCUGCCCCCUGCCAUCCAGCGCAUUGUGCGCCAAAAGCAGGAGGAGAUCUGCAUGGCUGGCCAGUUCCAGCCUGUGCUACAGUCAGGAGCUUGCUGAACUCUCUGAGAGAGGUUCCUUUAUCACGCUGGCAUGAAAAGAGACAUGGGGAGGCAUCUCAUAGCAGCAUUUUAGAGAUUCAGAAAACAAAGCAUGUAUCAGGGAGAAACUGUUUGCAACUCACUGUCUCAAGGGAAACUUGUGUCUCUGAAAAUAAAUAUUUUUUAAACAAAA